AGCGGUGCCAACGAGCGGGCGACUCAAGCUGCGAAGAGAACAAUCUGUUUUAUCCAGGCAGGUCUGUGAUCCAGGUGAUGUCGGCGAUGUGGUUACGUUAUGUAGGGGCGCUAGUGUAAUGCUAUGUAAAAGGUAAAUACAUAGAUACAUGUAUGUACGAUGUAAAAGAAGGUGCUACGGAAUGUUGAUAUUUAUAUUUUCUUAACCGUUGUUAUUUCGUUAAAGGAACAGUGAUGUGAACGCACAUUUUGAAUAAAUUGGUGGCCAGUGAAUUAUACAUAUUGUCUGGUUCUAGACGCCAAAUGGAUUUCCACCUUCACCAAGAAUAACAACUUCACUCGAUCCAACCCCGAUCUAACCUUACUAAAGACGCUUUUCAGUCUUUUGUCGCCCCAUGUUAGAAUGGGUGUAAAAAAGUCGUUAUUUGAAGUUCUAGGGGUAUUCAUAUUUUUCGGAUUAGAAACGAUUGCAAAUGCGGUUGGCAACGACUCGAACAUCAACUGCAGAGUCAGCAAGCCUCUGAGAAAACAGAUUGACGCUGAGCCGCUGGAUGGUUCCUGUUUGCGAGAUAUCGUUAGCCAACUUUCAAAGACCCUUCGUAACAUUGGAAAUGAAGAACUGGCGAUAACAUCUUUCCAAGAAACUCUAGACAAUUUGGAGUUUGUGAGAGUUCGAGAAAAUCUAGACUUGAGGCUAGCAUCUCUUGCAGAGAAAUUGAACCUCAAGUUAAAAUCUUACUCCGAGUACCUCACCAGAUCUAAUGACGCCAUUACCCCAGUGCUGCUUGCUAAGAUAUCUGACAACUUUUAUCCCAGUCCAUUGAGAAUCCCUGAUAUCUGCAGCGAAAUUUCUGGAGCUUUAGCUGCGAGCUUGAGAGGUUCAGAAUGGACACACCUGCACAUACUGCCAAUUUCAAAUCCAAGUACAGCUUGUGGCCCAACGAAUCUCUCCCAGUACACCGGACCUCUCCUGCUAUCCCGCUGUCUCAGUGCCAGAAAAGUUCUGCUUCUGAUAGAGCAUGGCAUUUCCAUGUCAGACAGAGACGUCGCUCUGGUACAACUGACAGCUAAAACUCUUGUCGACAUGCUCUCUGACAACGAUUAUGUCAACGUAGUCGGUCUCACGGGCCAAGGGUCGAUACAUUGUCCAGAUCGAUUACUGAGAGCUACGGACAUUAACAAGAUUCAGUUGACCAGGCAUAUCGAUUCCAUAACUAAAACCGAUUCCAAUGUGACUUUUGACUUGGAUCUUAAAGCACUGACCAGAAAUAUCACAGGCGAAAUAUUGGUGAUCCACUUAACAAACUCAUUGAACAAUCUGUUCAACGUAAAGCAAAUAAGGAACAUUCUUUCCACAGAGUUGCUGGCUGCACAUCUAAGAACAGUUUUAAUUCUAUCAGAUAAUAAGCCAACUAUCAAACUGAAUCAACUUGCACUCAACGAAACAAUCGUAACUCUACCGUCGCGGAAUGUUUUGAGCUACGAUAUAGCCAGGCUAUUCUCAGAAGUGAAUUGUACCGACCCCAACACAAAGAAUUACUAUUUAUCCGACCCCUACUUCGAGCCUCAUAGCAAAACAAUGUGCGUGUCCAUCGGUCGUAUAACAAAAAUGGCACUUUUAACUCUUGAAAUCAAGUUGAAAGAUUUGGUUGAAGAUAUAACUUAUUUCGAUGCCGGACCCAACACCCAUGUUGUACUUUUUGAUAAAAAAGGCAACGUCUGGAUGCACAGGAAAUUUCCCAGGCCAGAAAUCAUGGCCGAACAACCGCUUAGAGUGCCUUUAGAGAAUAUAGAAAACAUCAAUGAAAGUUCUGUACUUAAAAUGACGGCGGAACUUCCAGAGGGAAGUGAAAAUUUCACUACUACUUUGGGCCGUGUGAAACAAUUCAAAUGGAAGCAUCUUCAGUACGGAGAUUUGAUCGUUUGCAUCGUAACGGAAGGAGCUCGAGAACCGUUAUCCAUAGUUAAAACAACGACUCCCUUGCCUCCGGAUAUCCUCCAUCAUAGAUUAGACCUACUGCUGCAGUCGGUCAUAGACAAAGAUACUCUUUGCUCAAAUCACAAUAGGAUAGUAGCCCUUCACACCGGGGUGGUCUACCUCUCGCCGUGGUGCUUCAAAUCCCCUAUGGAACAGUUACGUCUAUUAGAGACCGGCUCCGCAAUGACAGUACAAAGCUAUAUGGCCUACAUUAAAGAUCCGACCAGACUUCUCGCCAAUCCAGGUCUCCAUCAAUCCGUUAGACCAGACGUGGCGAUGCUCUCGCAAAUCCUGUCACAUUUUCAGCAAAGGCACUUGCACAGUGCUUCCAACAAAUUCAUCGUUCGCAGGUACGUAGUCGCGGUAGGCAGCGGAGUGAUGGAAGUAUUCCCUGGCUCGGUUCUGGAUACAGGUUUGGACCCAAAGCGUCGUGCGUGGUACGGUAAGGCCUUGGAACACCCUGGAAAGGUCACCUUAACAUCUCCGUAUCUAGACGCCGGUGGUGCUGGCUACGUUGUCACAUUUUCCUACACCAUUUUCGAAGGGAGAUCGGCUACUCUACAUUCCAGCAACGAUCCGGUGCUAGCCGUUGUUUCGAUGGACGUGACGAUGGGUUAUAUCGCGCGUCUGCUCCUGGAAAUGUUCCCCUUCUGCGGAGACCUCAGAGUGAAGUGUUUCCUCAUGGACGACAAGGGCUACCUGAUAUCGCACCCCGCGCUUUUCGAAGCUACGAACAAAGUCGAACAGCAGCAUCUUACGCACAAGGAACUUCUCGUCGCGAACGAUAUACUGAACCACGAGUUUUUCGUGAAGAAAAAACUUUGCGCAAAUCAUCUAGACGGAACGCUCCAGAGAUACUAUCAGUUCAACACAUCGCUCGAAGAAGUGCUCACUAAUAUCGUUCACGGUGAACAUUGCGUCAAGUAUCAAGUCGCCGCGGUACCGGGAACCAACGUUUUCCUCGGCGUGGUCAACGCGACCUGCAAUUUGCUCUCAGCCUUUUGCCCCUGUAGUACGAUGGACAGACUUUGUCUAAACUGUAAGAGGAUGGAACAAACGGACUGCGAGUGCCCCUGCGAGUGCCCCUUGUACUCUGGCAGCUGUACAGAGUCGAAAGUAAAUAAUUUCGAAGCCUGUCCGUUCCUCUACGAACAAGGACCGAGCGUUCAAACUUCUUGGGUUCAUCCCGUGUUCCUGAAAAACUGCCCGUCUAUCGAUUGCAAAUCCUUUGCAACCGCGAGAGAUUGCCUAGGGGUCAUAGGAUGUCAAUGGUGCCACGUCGAUAGCGACGGCGAAACUUUACUGACGAGCCCGUAUUGUUCCGAUCAGACCUCUUGCUUCAAAGGAAUCUUCGGAGCGGCCACACCCUACGGGGACGGCAGCUACAAUUCUCAUUCAACGGAAGAAAUAAUGGUCCGCGACUGGCCGUCGAUCGGCCCGGUCGCCGGUGGUAUUCUCGCGCUUCUUUUGGUUCUCGGCAUCAUGUUGUACUGUUACCGUUUGAGAUCCGUGCAGCCCGGGCCAGAACAUCAGUGUUUGCAUCAGCACGCGUCUCCGGAAACCUUGCGAAUGUCGCACUUGGACGGAGACGUUGAACCCAUGGAGAUAGACCAGACGAAGAGCAACCUGGACUCUCUUCUUCGCGAUGGCGUGGCGCCGAUUUCUCCGUAUAGGGUUUCCACGAAUUAUCGCAGACCUCCGGGUGGUGACAGCGAUCACGGAUACAGCACCAUGACCCCGCACGACGACUCCGAACAACAAACCUUCGCCGAGCCUUUGUUGUUAGUCGGUGGCAGCGCUGGACCUGACCGCGUCGAACAGUCCGUAAGAUCACCAUCGCCCACAACUCGAUUAGGAUCUCCUCAUCAUGUUUUGGUGCCGGUUACGGUGCAUCGUAACAUGGAGACGAACUACUGCUAGGUAAAUUAUUACCAAGAUUAGGCAGCUGAAACGGGUGCGCUAACUCGUUCGUUGAAUUGAACUUUAUCAAAUUGUAGAAUUUUGAUUUCAGAACCGGUGCGAUGAUUAGAAUCAGGAAAAGUAAUUUCGAUUAUUCCUGAUUCGACUAAUUCAUCUCAUUCAGCUCCAAAAUCUUGUUCCAUAUUAAUUCAUUAUUUGGGAUUUCGUAGAUUUGUUAAGUUCCGUUUUGAAGAAUUAAAAAUUUUUCUAUUGGUCUUAGGACGUUUGAUAUACAGCUAUAGCCAUGUGAACGCGAUCAAUAUUUAUUAUUUAAUGUACAUAGUAUUAUUGACCAGUAAUUUUCAAAGUUCGGAAAAUUUUGGAGCUCAUUUAUGCCCAUUUAUUUGAUAGGAUAUAUGUUUUCCCAUCGUUAGCCUAUUACUCAAUUGCAUCGUGAUUCAGAAAAUAUGCAUGAGGACUAC